GAUGUGCUCCAGGGUGCCUGUCCCCGGAAGUGGCCGUGGAACGGCCCUCCUCUGAGGAAGUGACGGCAGCAGUGCCCUUGACAGGCGCGGAGGGCCGGGCCGUGCACCUUCCGCUGGCGCUGCAGGGAGAUGGCUCAGCGACUUCUCCUGAGAAGGUUCCUGGCCUCCAUCAUCUCCAGGAAGCCCACUCAGGGUCGGUGGGCACCACUUACCCCCUGGGCCCUGCAGACCCCACAGUGCAGUCCUGGUAACCAGACAGUGACACCCAGCCAAGCCCGGUCAAUAUACACCACCAGAGUCUGUACGACCACCUUUAACAUCCAGGACGGACCUGACUUUCAAGACCGAGUUGUCAACAGUGAGACACCAGUGGUUGUGGAUUUCCAUGCACAGUGGUGUGGUCCCUGCAAGAUCCUGGGGCCGAGGUUAGAGAAGGUGGUGGCCAAGCAGCAUGGAAAGGUGGUGAUGGCCAAGGUGGAUAUUGAUGACCACACAGACCUCGCCAUAGAGUAUGAGGUGUCAGCUGUGCCCACUGUGCUGGCCAUGAAGAAUGGGGACGUGGUGGACAAGUUUGUGGGCAUCAAGGAUGAAGACCAGCUGGAGGCCUUCCUGAAGAAGCUGAUUGGCUGACAAGCAGGGAAGAGUCCUGCCCACCUGGGCCCCUGUGGUCCAGGGAGGGACCCUAAUAGAACUCGAAGCCCUUCUGUGCCGGCCCUUCCCGCCUCCUCCCUUCUGUCUGUGGCCCUUGCUUUAGAGACCAGGCCUCAAACCUGGAGCCUUGAGUGCUUCCAGCCCGGCGGACUGCCAGGCUGGCCACCAGAGGAGUGGUGCCGCUGUGGACCUGGGGACAGCCGCCUUCGCACCCACUCUCUCUGUCUGCUCCCUCUAGGGCUUGUGGCGGUUCUCCCGAGAUGCCUGGAGAGGGCCCCGGGGCCUGCAGUAACAGCCUGGUCCUCAUCUCCCUGGUCCCUUCUGAGCCGAACCCCGGUGCCUGGCUCAUCUGCCUCCUGCCUUUUUCUUUCCUGCUGCUGUUUUGUAAAA